GGCUCGGACCUUGAGCAGCACUUCGGAGAGCUUGGCUGGGAGAGGACGGGAAGGCUGAAAGGCCAAAGUCUUUCACAGGCCUCUAAGAGCGAUUUCGUGAAUGCUUACAUUGACUGGCGCCUCAGUGACGAUAUCGAGGCCCAGUUCAAGCCCUUCAGCCGUGGAUUCAAGCAGGUUGUUGGGGAUUCACACAUGCUUCGCAUGCUGGACGCCGAGCAGCUUGAGUGGAUUGUCUCCGGUGCUCAACGCCCUGUCGACAUGGCUGCAGUGCGAAGUCGUGCUGAUCACGAGGGCUGGACUUUCGAGGAAAGAACUGCCUACCUGGACCCAUUCUGGAAGUUUAUCGAGAGUUUGGCUGAGGACAGCGUGGGAGCUGGACUAUCAAGCAGGAUGAGAAGAAGCGAUUCCUGGUUUUCGUGA